UUCGCUUGCUUCGCCAGGGCCGGGGGAGACUCGCUCGCUCGCUCUGCCUGCAAACGCGAGCCCCGUUUGGAGAGGUCGCCGCCGCCGCCGCCGCCGCCGGUUCGCCAUGGAGAUGAAGAAGCGGCUCACGCUGGAGCUCCGGAACAAGAAGCCCGGCGAGGUGAAGGAGCUGGUGUUGGAUAACUGUCGCUCGGACGACGGGAAAAUCUGCGGCCUCUCCUCCGACUUCGAAAACCUGGAGUUCCUCAGCAUGAUCAACGUCAACCUCCUCUCCGUCUCCAACCUCCCAAAGCUCAGCAAACUUCGCAAGCUGGAGCUGAGCGACAAUCGUAUCUCUGGCGGCCUGGAGGUCCUUGCGGAAAAGACCCCGAACCUGACGCACUUGAACCUCAGCGGCAACAAAAUCAAAGACAUCAACACGUUGGAACCCCUGAAAAAGCUCCCCCACCUCCGGAGCCUGGACCUCUUCAACUGCGAAGUCACCACCCUGAUCGUCUACCGCGACAGUAUCUUCACCCUCCUGCCGCAGCUCACCUACCUGGACGGGUUUGACACCAACGACAAAGAGGCCCCUGAUUCGGACGGGCUGGACGACGAAUAUGAAGAGAACGGCGACGAAGGCGAAGAAGAGGAUGAGGAAGAUGAAGAAGAGUUAGAUGAGGACGCUGUCGAUGACGAAGAGGAUGAAGACGACCUGGAUGGGGAGGAGGAUGAAGAUGGAGUCGAUGAGGACGAAGAGGACGAAGAGGAAGGCGAGGAGGAUGAGGAUGAGGAAGACCUCCGGCAGGGCGAGAAGCGGAAACGAGACCUUGAGGACGAAGGCGAGGACAACCCCGACGAAGAGGAGGAGGAAGACGACUGACGUGCCCCUGCCCCCGGGUCUAUUUCUUUCCCCUCUUCGCCAGCCCAUCUGUUUUACGGACUGUGACUUUUCUGGCCUCCGCUGUCUCUCUCUCUCUCCCCACCACCACCACGUGAGACUGUGAUAAAAACCCCUCUUUCCGACCUGCGUCGCUUCCUGGUCCACAGACCCACACCCCGCCUCGGACCCCUUUGUAAUGGCUGCAACACCCACAGUAUAUUUUUUUAAGAUGUAGAAUAUGGUGGGCGUUUCAGGAGACGACGUCCUUCCGUUUUUUCCCCCCCUAGACCCCCCCCUCCUGACUCUAAAUGAAAUGCUCACCUCUUGCGUGUGGCCACGUUCCCCCCCCUCCUUGUUUUUGGGGUAUUUUGUGACCAAAUCCUUUCUUAAUUUGAUGAACCAUUGACGUUUAUUUCCUGUGUCCGUCCCCUCUCAAAUCUUCCUUGAUUUGGGGGCUGGGGGGUAUUGACACGGUCUCUUCUGCCUCCCUUUUUUUUGGGGGGGGGGCUGCGAAAGCUUUUGCCCCAACCCCCCGCCUCCCAGGACGGAUGCGAAACGGCGUGCCCAAAGCCCAUCUCGGAUGGGAGGGUGCGCAACUCUUUGGGAAAUUCGGCACGUGACAGCUACCACACGUGCAUCAGGGACGUGGGUGAGUGGGGGGAGUUAUCGCGGAAGAAUUUCAGGCCACUUGGUGGGUUGGGGCGGCGGCCGUGGCCUCGCUAAAAGGUGAGCCCCACAGCAACGUGGUUUGAAUUUUAAAACUGAAUGAUAACGUAGAAGGAGCUGAAAUUGAGUGUUUCUCAGUUUCGACGCUUCUCAGUUCUUUAAGCCGGAUGUUCUUUGCUUCCGACAGCCAGGUGUGAUUUUUCUUCGCAUCCACAGCUGCCUUUGCAGGCGGGCCCCAAAAUCUGCCCCUUGAUUCCCUUGGCAAUUUUGGCCGGCGCCCGCUCGGCUUCUUCCGUUCUUCCUCCUCUUCCAUCUCGGCCAACAGACCUCAUUCGCACCCACCACCCCGUCGGUACCCGUCGGAUCAUUUCAGCUCCUUCUGCGAUACUUAAUAUUGUAUUGUUCGUUUUGCCUGCUUUUACUAGCUUGCCGUUCUGUGGUUGCCCGCCGUUUUUAGAAGGGUGCGGCGGACUCCUGUUUUUCUUAAAAACGGAGGUCAAAAGCGGUUGCCUUGGAAUUGCAUCGACUGACGAAAUAACGCCACGAAACUUGCCGUCUAUCGCAAAAUUGGGUUCUUCCUGGGGACGGGAAAGAUGUUGGUGCUGCUGUAUCGUUUUGGGUCUGUUUCGGGGCGUCCCCCGACCCGUUUAGAAGCAAACGCCGGCUUCACACCCACCUCUGAUGUCCCAGUAUAGCUGUCUAUUGCCCAAGGAAUCUCUCCUCUCUCCCCCCCAAAAAUCAGCUGCGGGGGAUUAAUAUAUAUCAUUGCCUCUUCUUUAAGGCAUGGGCUGUUAAUGCAACCAGCGCUAGCAGUUUGAGGGGGGUACAUUGUAAAAUCAUUUUAAGUCACGUAUAGGUAGCCUGGCUCUACGGGGGUAUUUGACUACCACUCCCAUCGCUGCUGACCGUCGGCCGGACUUGAUAGGAGUUGUAAACCAGAAUAUCUGGAGGACAACCAGGUUUCUUGGAAUGGGGGGCACAGAACAAGACAGCAGGUGAAUAUUUGUGACGAGUAAAAAUAUAGCAGAAUUGUGGGUGGGGGGAGAGAUAUCCCCCCCCCCUCAUCUUUGCUGUAAGGAAGCUGGAUUUCGAAAAAUCGAACGUUUUCAACUCUCUUUUGGUUGUUUUUGGACUCCUUUCGAAUAAGCGGUUCACGUCCUUGUUCUUGUAAAACCGGUUUCUUCCUCCACUCACCCCAACUGAUGUUUUGGAUUGCAAUUCCCAGCAUUCCUGACUAUCGACAAGCCGGGGAUGAUGGGAAUUGAAGUGCAGGGCAUGUGGUUGGAGAAGGCUGCUGCAGAAUUUGGGCCAAAGAGUCCCUUUUGGGGGGUGGGGCACACAGACGCACCCAAAAGAAAGUUUAAGAGUUGUGUUGAAAUCUUCCCUGUGUUAAAAUUCCUGUCUCUCCCCACCACACACCUUUGUCCGUCCGUCCGUCCCCCGCCCAGGGUUGUUGUGUUUUGAAUUUUAUAUAUUAGUCCUAGUUUAAAAGUCAGGCUUUGGAAUUGGUCAAAAUUAAUCCCAUAAAUAACGAUGCCCUUAUUUUUAUUUUGGUUUUUCUUUGCUUGGGAAGUUUUCUUUUACUUUUAUUGUUUUGGGUCCUUUUUUAUAUAUAUAUCUCCUUUUUGUUAAAAAAAAAUUGAAAUAAAACUUUUAAUAAAAGA